AUGAUGGUCACUCAAAAUGGGACUGUAUCUUCUAUGGGCAGGAGGGAGAACUACUUAGAAAACUUUACUUCAGCCUCUCCAGUCUACAUGAGCCCUGCUCUGGCAGCCAUAGACAUUGCAGUCAUGGGUUGGACUCUCAGUGUGGGAUCUAUUCUGAUCAUCUCCAUCAACCUCCUGGUAGCCAUUGCCUUGGUCUUGCUGAUCUACAAGAAGGGAAGCCAGAACUGGUGCUUUGUCUUAAACCUGGCCGUGGCCGACAUUCUGGUGGGUCUGGCCAUUACAGGCAUAGCCAACGACACGGUGAAAGGACACCUGUCCUCCAUGCAUAAGGAGGCGUGCUUGCUACGCAUGGCCUUUAUUAUCGCUCCCUCUGCAGCCUCAAUCCUCACCAUGUUCUUAAUCUCACUUGAUCGCUAUGUGGCAAUCAAGAUGCCGCUGCGCUACUUGCAGCUCAUGGACAAGAGGACAAUAGUGGGUGCUUUGGCAUCCCUGUGGCUGCUCUCCACAGUGGUAGGUUUCCUGCCCAGCAUGGUGGAGGAGAUGCAGCAUGGUCAUUAUGGGAGCUUGUGCACCUUGUUCUCGGUCAUCGACCCACAGAGCAUCAUCGUGGUCUUCUGCGUGACUUUCUUCCCCGUGCUCUUGGUCUUCAUCUACUGCUACCUGGACAUCCUGAAAAUUGCCUGCAGACAUCAGCGCCGCAUCCAGCAGACCACGCAAACUGGGUUGCGCUGCCUACCACCCAGUCACUACUGUGCGCACGUCAAGGCCCUGAAGACCGUUGCUGUGCUAGUGGGCUGCUUCACGCUUUGCUGGUGCCCGUUCUUUGUGGUGAGCAUUGUACAGGUGCUCUGCCAGCCGUGCGAGCUUUACCGGUUUUUAGAGUACCAACUCUGGUUUCUGGGUCUCUCCAACUCCCUCAUUAACCCUCUGGUCUAUGCCUUCUGGCAGAAGGAGGUGCGGCAGCAACUCUUUUAUAUGUUUGCUUGCAUUAAAGCCAGUCAUUGCUGCAUUAAGGUCUCAGAAAGAUGCCACAUAGACAACACAGUUGCCACUCAGACUAGAAUCUCUCUUGAACAGACAUUGCCUUGCCCAUUUAUUUUUUGGAAGCCUGCCACAAUGCCUCAUGCUGCACCAAAUUUCUGUCAAGGCUGUGUGUAA